CAAUUUUUGAAGCGGUUUCCAUACGCCACGGUGUAAGGCAAGGAAAUAUAGUACACUGACCUGUGUGAGUUUCUUUAUGGGAGAAGUCGGUCAGAUGAGAUCUAAAGAUGUACUUCCUGGUCAAUAUUGUUGAAGAAACUUGGGACGAGUCACAACUCAACAAAGAGAAAUGCGUCUGUAUCUUCAUCUUCUUCAAUGGCUUGAUGAAGUUCAAAUUGUUCUACAAUCAAUUAAUUGAAAAGUCUCCUGUUAGUUUUUACUCAUUUCAUAGGGAAAGGGAAACGGAAAAUGCAUCUGACUAGUCAGAAAGGUAGAUGAAGAACCAUGCUGAAGUCCAACAUGAUUGCUUGCAAAAAAUCACCCGGGAAUAUUCUGCAGAUGGUGGCCUUGGUGACUCUUUCUUUACUAAUACUAAACUGGUACCUUUUUGGGAAUGGGAUACAGUGGAAUUACAACAUUUAUUCGGAGAAUUUUACAAAUACAACAGAGUCACCUUCAAUUUGCCCAAUGUUGUCUCUACAAUCCAAUGUAAGAGCCACAUAUGGUUUAUGUCAACCUCACAAACCGAGUGAAGCUUCCUGUAUGUUUACUCGAGAACUUUACGCCAUAAAACCUGAACUAUUGGAAUGUAAAGAGAAAGGUGCUGGGGAUGUUUGCAAAAUGAAAAUCACCAGAACUAAGAAGGAAAGCAAGAUUUCCUUUACCUGCAGUCAAACGGUAUGUCGGGAAGGAAAAAGAGAUUCUUUCAAAGUUCUAAGUGUGGAUCCCGGAACCGGAUUGGCGACCAUUGUAAAUGAAUUUCACUCAGUGAAGACACUUGAAAGAGGACUACCGAACAUUGUAAGAAGAAAUACGCAAAAUAAAUUGAACUUUGUUUUUAUCGAAUGUACAAACCACCAAGGUGAGGGAGUGUCACAAUUCCUUGCGGUUGACCCCGAUUUCACCAUCGAGAAAACAGAAACUGUGAGAAAUAAAAAUCACAUCAAUGUGGUCGUCCUCCUCAUAGAUUCUGUUUCUAGAGCUCAUUUUUACCGAUCUUUACCAAGAACAAUCGCAACAUUUCAAAACUGGCGAGAAAACCCAGAUUCGGUUCCCGCAAAUGUCUUUGACUUUGAACUUUUUCAGGCCCUACACGGUCACACUGCUGAAAACACGCAAGCACUCUUCACUGGAAAUGUCUUCCCGAUUGAAUUAAAAGGUACAACGCCGCCAGUCAAUAUGUCUGCGAUGUUUGGGCAUUAUAAGAGAGCUGGGUACCAUACAAUGUAUCAAGAAGAUUUGUGUUGGAAAGGGAUCUGGGGACUAAUGGUUGAUCAUGGAGUAAGGCAAUGGAGUGACCUCCAAGACAAGAUGAAAAAUACCUUCAUAGAUCACACGGGCCUGACGCAUUCCAGUUGUAAAAUCCUUUCAUCAUUGGGAGUAACAACUCCCUUUAAUGGGCCUUAUGGGGACCAAAUCUGCUAUAAUGGAAAGUUUCAACACUCUUACUUUCUUCGUUACACAACUGACACACUUCACGCUAUCGGCAAGUCACGUGACGCUCGCCCACUUUUCUCUCACACUUCACUCAACGUUGCCCACGAUCACAGAAGUAUCCGCACGCAAACCCUGGAUAUCAGUAUGGAGAAUUACGUGAGGGCCGUGGCGAAGGAGCAGAACACUUUAACAGUCAUUCUGGCGGAUCAUGGAAACACAUAUACGAGAUACAGUUCAGAAUUGUUGGAGGGGCGCUUUGAGAUGUUCCAUCCGUCCCUAUUCAUCAUUGUUCCUGACAGAGUAGCGGCGCUCUUAGGGAGGAAAGCAAUGUCUGCUCUAGGAGAGAACCAACGGAGGCUUGUCACCAUGAUAGAGUUACACCAUUCUCUAAUGGUGUUGGUCAACCCCCUAUCCGGAAAUGUUAAGCUAAAGGGGUUGUUUUCACCCAUCGCUAUGAACCGUACGUGUGAUGCUUUGGAACUAAGGCUGCCAAACUUGUGCGUGUGUGAGGGUUGGGAUGUACCAGCAAAUAAUGACACUUCACGUAUUCCUAUCGCUGAGUUCGCGAUGGGUCAGUUGAACAAUCGCUUGGAAAAUCAAAUACAGAACAUUUAUGAACGAUCCUGUCAAAGAUUGCAACCGUUAUGGUUUGAAAAUAUUCGAGAAAGAAGCUCGACAAAAGACAGAUCUCUGAUCACUUCGAUGGAUAUUCGAGUUAAAGCAGGAGAUGUUGUUCCUCAAAGGGAAGACAUAUUUCAUGUGGAAGUAAUGACAAGGGAAAUGUUAGGAGAAAAUUCUUUACAAAUGACCUUGGUCUCUUUUGACCGUCUGACAUUAUUUGGAAAAUACGCAGAGUGCGCCGAUAAUGAUGUUGACCUUAAAUUAUGUGUGUGCUCACAGAAAGCAAUACAGAAGAAGUUAAUGGUGGCGUUUUCGUCAGAACACUGGGUGCAUUUUGGACAACGCCCAGUUGUUAGAAAACUUAAUAAUACAAAUUGUUUAUGGCUGAUUACAUGGCCUUUUGCUAAAAACACAUCGAACACGUAUGAAGUAGCCAACUUGUGUCAUAGUCAGACUUAUCGAGUUAAGAUAUACGUGAAGAAAGUUUCUAACAUAAAAUUUUCUUGUGAGCUCCCUGUAACAUUAAUUGUUACACCUGGUAAUGUAUUGUUUGCAUUUUCAGUUCGAAAGCACAUCAGUUAUUGGGAUGCUAACAUAGAAGUUUAUACUGAGGUUGAAAAGAACUAGAGAUUAUUGCUGACACACAUGUCCGUAUUUCAUCAGCCUGUGGGAUCUGCAUCUGAAAUAUCUGUGGAUUUCGCUUAAA